UGGCGGGGUGGAUGUUAGCAGUGUAACACGCCGGCGGCGGCAGUAGAAGCGCAGUGUGUGUGUGUUUCCUUUUAUUUGUAUUUGACGGAGAAACAGCAGCGCGGAGUCGCGAUGGAGGAGUCUAAGAACAAGGAGAAGAAGCAGCAGGAGAAGCCGGAGGAGAAGGAGAAGCAGCCGGCGGGGAAAGAGAAGGAGAAGAAGGAGGACCAGGAGCUGUCUGAAGAAGACAAGCAGUUGCAAGAGGAGCUGGAAUUGAUGGUCGAGAGACUUGGUGAGAAGGAUACCUCUCUUUACCAUCCUGCACUGGAGGAGUUGCGUCGGCAGAUUCGUUCAUCCACAACCUCCAUGACUUCAGUACCCAAACCUCUGAAGUUUCUGCGACCACAUUAUGGCAAGCUUAAGGAAAUCUAUGAAGGGAUGGCUCCUGGAGAAAACAAGCAUUUCUGUGCUGAUGUGGUGUCUGUCCUUGCCAUGACCAUGAGUGGUGAGAGAGAGUGUUUGAAAUAUCGCCUGUUGGGCUCGCAAGAGGAGUUGGCGUCCUGGGGGCACGAAUAUGUCAGGCACCUUGCAGGAGAAGUGGCUAAAGAGUGGCAGGAGAUUGAGGAGGGCGAUAAGGUGCAACAGGAGACUCUGCUAAAGCUGGUUAAAGAGAUUGUGCCCUAUAACAUGGCCCACAAUGCUGAGCACGAAGCCUGCGACCUGCUCAUGGAGAUCGAGCAUCUCGACAUGUUGGAGAUGUACAUCGAUGAAAACGCGUAUGCUAAAGUCUGCCUCUACCUCACAAGCUGUGUGAGUUACGUUCCUGAGCCGGAGAACUCUGCUCUGCUGAAGUGUGCGCUGAAAAUCUUCCGCAAGUUCAAUCGUUAUCCAGAAGCCCUCAGACUGGCGCUCAUGCUCAACGAUGUGGAGCUUGUAGAGAACAUCUUUACCUCCUGCAAAGACAUUGUGGUUCAGAAGGAGAUGGCAUUUAUGCUGGGCAGACAUGGCAUGUUUCUGGAGCUGAAUGAAGACGUGGAGGAUUAUGAAGACCUGACCGAGAUCAUGUCCAACGUACAGCUCAACAGCAACUUCCUUGCCCUCGCUCGUGAGUUGGAUAUCAUGGAGCCCAAAGUGCCAGAUGACAUUUAUAAAACCCACCUGGAGAACAACAGAUUUGGUGGCAGCGGCUCUCAAGUGGAUUCUGCUCGAAUGAACCUGGCAUCUUCCUUUGUAAACGGGUUUGUUAACGCAGCAUUUGGACAGGACAAACUUCUGACUGAGGACGGCAACAAGUGGCUGUAUAAGAACAAGGACCACGGAAUGUUGAGUGCUGCUGCCUCUCUGGGUAUGAUCCUGUUGUGGGAUGUGGAUGGCGGCCUCACUCAGAUUGACAAAUAUCUCUACUCUUCUGAAGACUACAUCAAGUCUGGGGCCCUGUUAGCAUGUGGUAUAGUGAACUCUGGAGUUCGUAACGAAUGUGACCCAGCUUUGGCUCUUCUCUCUGAUUACGUCCUGCACAACAGCAACGUCAUGAGGAUAGGAGCCAUCUUUGGGCUUGGUCUGGCUUAUGCAGGCUCUAACAGAGAGGACGUCCUCUCGCUUUUGCUGCCGGUCAUGGGAGAUUCCAAGUCCAGCAUGGAGGUUGCCGGUGUGACUGCACUGGCCUGCGGGAUGAUCGCUGUGGGCUCCUGUAAUGGGGAUGUCACUUCCACCAUUCUGCAGACCAUUAUGGAAAAGAAUGAGCAGGAGCUGAAAGACACGUACGCCCGCUGGCUCCCCCUCGGCCUGGGACUCAACCACCUCGGCAAAGGAGAGGCAAUUGAGACUACUUUGGCAGCUCUGCAGGUUGUUCCAGAACCUUUCCGUAGCUUCUCAAACACACUUGUGGACAUCUGUGCCUAUGCAGGGUCUGGUAAUGUUUUGAAGGUGCAGCAGUUGUUGCACACCUGCAGUGAGCACUACGACAACACAAAGGACAAAGAUGAGGACAAAGACAAGAAAGACAAAAAGGACAAGGACAAGAAAGAAAGUGCAGCAGACAUGGGCUCCCACCAGGGUGUGGCUGUGCUGGGAAUUGCACUCAUCGCUAUGGGAGAGGAGAUUGGAUCGGAGAUGGCACUGCGCACAUUUGGCCACCUGUUGCGCUAUGGGGAGCCCACUCUGCGCAGAGCGGUACCGUUAGCGUUGGCUCUGAUCUCAGUUUCCAACCCCCGACUCAACAUUCUGGACACACUUAGUAAGUUCUCCCACGACGCCGACCCUGAAGUGUCCCACAACUCCAUCUUCGCCAUGGGCAUGGUGGGCAGCGGAACCAAUAAUGCACGACUUGCAGCUAUGCUGCGACAACUGGCCCAGUACCACGCCAAGGACCCCAACAACCUGUUCAUGGUCCGACUUGCACAGGGUCUGACUCAUCUGGGGAAAGGGACGUUGACCCUGUGUCCCUACCACAGCGACCGGCAGCUCAUGAGUCAGGUAGCAGUCGCCGGACUCCUCACAGUCCUUGUGUCCUUCCUUGAUGUCAAAAACAUAAUCCUGGGAAAAUCACACUACGUACUGUACGGACUUGUAGCAGCAAUGCAACCUCGUAUGCUCGUCACAUUUGACGAAGAACUGCGGCCACUGCCAGUCUCUGUCCGGGUGGGACAGGCUGUUGACGUGGUGGGACAGGCAGGCAAGCCUAAAGCAAUCACAGGCUUUCAGACACACACCACACCAGUGCUGCUGGCUCACGGAGAGAGAGCGGAGCUGGCCACAGAAGAAUAUCUCCCAGUCACCCCCAUACUGGAGGGCUUCGUCAUCCUGCGCAAGAAUCCCAACUACGAUGCUUAGAUACACAAACGCACACAUACCCUGUAAUUGAGUGUUUUCCAGUCCGGGUCAUUAUGUACCCCCCAUUCUCUGCACUUCACAACUGUGUCUUUUCCAGCUGUCAGCACACCCUACUCCCUAGACCUUAACGAAGUUGGGUGUGAGACACUACGGAGAAAGCUGAUCAUUUUUUGUGCCUGGGAAUGGGAAACACUCGCUUCGUUCAAGACACACACACACACAUACAUUAUCUUAUCUGGGACCUCCAUGUGUGAUAUUAUUUAGUCCUCCCCUUCUUUUGUCCAAUCACUGGCGUUGGCCAAACAAUUGGAACUUGACAAAUUGUGUCUAUUCACGACUCUCAUUACAAGAGGAAGAAUUCUCUCUUCUCUUCUGCCAGCUUUUCCUCUCCUUUUUAUAAGUAGAGCAUGAAGAAAAAGUGUUCAGAUCCUGAUAAUUAUUUCUUAUCAUUUUGUUGGUUUUGUUAUUUUACUGUUAAAGGUUGAGAUAAAAAAGAAAAUAAAUA